AUGCUUUCUUACAUUCUGGCCUUGUGCCUCAACCUCUGCCUGGUGCUGGCCGCCAGCAGAACUACGGCUCCCAGUGGAGCCCUUGUUGUCAGCAAAGCCCCUGCCAAAGGACAAUACUCCAAGAUCCAGGAUGCCGUCAAUGCUCUUUCCACUUCUUCCACCACUGCUCAGUCCAUCUUCAUCGAAGCUGGCACUUACAGCGAGCAAGUCUACAUUGCACCUCGCAAGGCCGCCCUCACCAUCUACGGAUACUCUGAGAACACUGCCGACUAUGCUCACAAUGUCGUUACCAUUACACAAAAGCUAUCUCAGAAUGAGGUCGCGACCAACGAUCUGACUGCGACCCUUCGCGCAUGGUCCACCAACUUCAAACUCUACAAUGUCAAUGUGGUGAACAGCUACGGAUCUGGCAAACAAGCCCUCGCUCUCAACGCUGCAGCCGCCAACCAAGGCUACUACGCCUGCAAGUUUAUCGGUUUCCAAGACACGAUCCUCGCCCAAACCGGCACCCAACUCUACGCGAAAUCCUACAUCGAAGGCGCCACCGACUUCAUCUUCGGCCAACACGGUCUAGCCUGGUUCACCGGCUGCGACAUCCGCGUGCUUUCCGCUUCCCUGGGCUAUAUCACCGCAUCCGGCCGCGCUUCCUCGGAAGCAGGUUACUACGUCCUCGACCACUGCUCCAUCGCUGCUAAAUCUGGAGCCACGGUUGCAAAGGGUGCGUACUAUCUCGGUCGCCCUUGGGGAGCGUACGCUAGGGUUGCCGUGCAGAGUUCGACGAUCAGUGAGGUGAUCAAUGCUGCUGGGUGGCAUAUUUGGAAUACUGGCGAUGAGAGAACUGAUCAUGUUACCUUCGGUGAAAUCAGCAACACCGGCGCCGGAGCUUCUGGAACAAGGAAAUUUGAGACCGAGUUGAGUAAGGCUGUUGCCAUCACUGAUGUUUUGGGCAGUGCAUAUGCCAGUGCUGCGUAUGUUGACAAGACUUAUCUUUGA